AUGCCAAAAUUUUCAAAAAUAUACCCAAUAAGAAUCGUUGGAACUAUAAACAAAAUACCAAAAUCACAUAUUUUAUUCAAAAGCAAGUAUAAUUCUUCGUUUUUGCACAGUUCUUCAACAAUUUAUCAUGUAACUUUGCAUUCUCCAAGUUUGACAGAUUCAUACAACUCCAAUGCUAAAAAUUUAGAUACGCACUUCUUUGUCCUCACUCAAGUAUAUGUGAAUGCUGAAGGAGGAAUGGUUUUUGAUAACAAAUAUUACGAAUAUCCUGAUGAUCCGAGCUCACUCUUUUCGCAUCGCAAUCAUGCAGGGUUAACUCCUGUCAAAUACCAUAUACAUGAGCUUAUAAACGUUGGCUAUGGCUAUUGUAAAACAAAUUUUGGCCAUUGCAUUGAAGAUUUUUUCACUCCACUACUAAUGAUCCCCGAAUACAUAAGACAGAGUUCAAAAAUCUUGGUAAAUAGCUUACCAUCAAUCACUGAUGAAUUAUUUGAGUUAUUCGGUAUUAAAAACGAAAACAGAGUUUAUAUAAAUGCCAAUGUAUGGAUGUCUGUUGAUAAGGUAUAUAUAAUUGCUGAAAAAACACAUUUCUUGUCAAUAUACGGAAUGUCAACAUUAAAUUUAAAGAGAUUUUUCCACGAAAAGUUCGAACUUGACAAGAUCCGAUCAUCUAGAUACUGUUAUUCAAAUCGCGGAUACAUGAAACCUAGAUAUAUUCAUAAUUUAGAUGAAUUAAUGGAAAAAGUCUCAAAGAAGUGGCCAAAUAUCAAAUGGGAGUUUGUUCCAGAUAACCAUAGCUCGGUUAGAGAAAGUGCUAAGGAAUGGAAGACCAUUAAAUUGAUUUUUUGCCCAAUAGGAUCAAAUGUCGCAAAAGCAAUCUUUAUGGAGGACAAUUCUGUUGUUGUUACACCUACUUCUGAAAGAACUGAAUGGUCAAUAUCUCAGUAUUGUGUAGCAUGCUUAAUUUUCGAAAUCCAAUUUGAUGCUUUGAAAGGAGACCAUUUAAUAGGUAACGGAUCUCCUGUUGAUAUCAAUCUUUCAUUGAAAAUGAUAGAGGCUGGGUUAUAUUGCGUAGAAAACCAUUGUUGGCCUCAAAGUGUUUUUUAA